AUGGUUGGUUGUAAUUAUUUGCUUGAUUUUUUCUCGACAAAUCAUCCAUCUUGUUUAAAAGAUGUUGAUGUUGGUGAUAUUAUUCGUCAAACACGUCGUUUAUCCACUGGCUCGACGUCUUCUGCGGAUCAAACUCGACUUUAUCAUCUUGUUGUCGAUGUUGAAACAUGUUUAGAACGCUUGUACGGCGGUUAUUAUCCCGACUGGUUGUGUGGCGGUGAAUGGUCACAUUUGUAUUCUUAUAUGGUAUCACUAGUCAAGACGUGUCAAGAUUUACGUCUUUCACUAAUAUUCGUUUUCGAUGGAACACUUUAUCGUUGGAGUCAAGCACAAUGGUACCAGGAACAAUGCGAUGGACGAAAAAAAAUUAAUCUGAUUUAUAAACAUUUCAAACUUCAAAAAUUUGGACAACCACGUCGUCAUUUAUGGAUGCCACCUGCUUAUUUAUCAUCGUGUUUACGUUCAAUAAUUCGAGAAUUUAAUUCAUCCGUUUAUUUUCAAAUGUAUCAAACAUCUACUCAUCACAAUGACGAAUUCAAACAGAUAUGUUUAAGAACCGAUAAUCUACUAGGAAUUGUUUCCGGUGAUUUAGAUCUUCUUCUAACUCAACCAAUCAAAUAUUUUUCGUCUAAACAUUUUAAAUUAUCACUGAGAGGAAAACUAACGUUGGCACAUGUCCAAUUAGCACAAUUACAACAAAAAUUAGAUUUAACAUCAGUAAAACAAUUGUAUCUACUAGCCACACUGCUAGGUAAUCACAUAUUAUCUGACGACGAUUUACGUCAUUUUCAUUCUGAUUUACUAAAAGAUCAAAAUUUAACAAAUUCCAACCUACAGCAACAAGAGACAAAACAAAAAAUUAUACUAAAACCUGGUGGCCGUCUAUCCCCAUCAUUAACAUCCUCAUUUGAUGUACAAGAAGAGAAUGAUGUUUGUAAAACAACUGUACCUAUGACAGAUGGUACUAUUUCAAGUGAAGAUGUUACAAUAGACGAGAAUAAUUCUAUCUCAAAAUCAAGUUCAGAAUUGGCUUUAAAUCAACAACAACAAACUUCACCAAAUACGCAGAAUCCCAUUGUUGACCAAUUGAUACCAAAAUUAUUGGAUUAUGUUAGAAAAUUAGAUUUUGAUAAUUUCGAUAUAAAUGCAGUUAUUAAACAUGUAUUCAGACAUUUAGUUGAUGACGAGUUGAAAGAACGUAAAACACGUUCACUUAUUGAAAGCUACAAUUAUUACCAAAAUUCUUCGAUAUCAACAGUAUCUACAGUGGAAACAAAUGAAAUAAAUUCUAGUCAUCAACAAAAAAUACAAACAGCAACGAAUGCCAUUACAUCUGUAUCUACUCCUAUCACAAUUCGCAAAACGUCAGAUGAUAAAACUCCACCACCCACACCAUCUCCUCCAUCCUCUACUGUCAAAGGACCAAUGCCUUCUUCAUCAACUACGGCCGAAAUGAUCAUCUCGGAUAUUCUUUCUACCGAUCAAUUUUUCACACAAUAUAAAACCAACUGGUCAUCAUUAUCCGAAGUACUUCGGACAGCCUACGAUUUGCACAAACGCGGUUUAACAACACCGUGGAUUUGGCAAUGCCUAUAUAAACGUGAAAUUACUCUCCCAGUGACACUUGAACCUGAAAUAUGUUCGUUAAUCCCAUCUGCCGGUGAAUUUUAUCGUCCAAUUCGCUCAUUCAUAUAUGGUCUCCUGUUCAAUUAUUCGUCACAUAAACAUGUGUCUCGUUUAGCCAUUCGUGAACAAGUUUACAAUUCAAGUGGCGGCUCUUAUCUAACAGAGGUAUCAUGUGAUCAAGCCACACCUGAUCAGCCGACGUUAGAACAACUUUGGUUUGGUCAAGAUCCCGCGAAUGAUCGAUUACUUAGAAUGAAGACACUGUUGGCAUGUCUCAAAUGUAGUAACAGUGAUAUUAGUCAAAUUCCUCACGAUUAUUUAUUAUUAUUGUCUGUGCUACGUUACAUGUUUACUCAUUCUUCUCAUCAAAUCCAAAUUUGGGAAAUAUGUGCAUUUUUAUCACAAGCACUCCUCAUUUGUGAACAACAACCGAAACCAUUGAUGAAUUUACAACCACUAAUAGCACCGGCAACAGUUUCAAGUAUGUGUGGAGGAAGUAGCAGUGGUGAUUAUGAUCAAAUUCAUAUUGAAUUAUAUCAAGCAAGACCUGUUCAAUUAGCACAAUUAUUUGUCAGAGGAAUUGAAACAGCACAAUUUGCCAAUGAUGUUUGUGGUGCACCAUUACAUCCUCGUUACUGUACAAUUUGGCGCUAUUUUAACGGCAAAUUAUUUCAUCAAAAAUAUAUCCAAGCAACAUAUCAUUGCCAAACUUACGAUCUCAUGAUGAUACUCUGUGACGGAAAUAUUCAAUAUGCUCAAAUGGGUUUACGUUUUCUCGAUAUUAUUUUGGAUCGUACAUCAUCUCACUCAUUAUUUUCACCUCUCCAACAACAAUCGGCACCAGUCCAGAAUCGUUCAUCAGAGAAACUGCAACAACAAAAAUUUGUAAAAACAUCACGUUCUAAUCACCAACCACUACCACCAUCAUCAUCAUCUCAAAAAAAAUCACCAACAACUACAGUGGAUUCGAAAGAUAUGAACAGUACUGGUACAACAUCUAUUUUACCGCGACAGCAACACAGACCACCAAAUAAAUUUUAUCAAAAUCAAACUCAGACUAAUAAACAAAUAAGCACAUCAAUUAAUCCUACAAAUAAUAUGAAUAAUGUUGUUUUACCAGUUUCUCGCCCAUCAUCUUAUUCGAACUUUUCACAUGGAGCUCCUUCAACGAAUAAAAUGAAUUCUUCACAACAACGUUCUGUUUGGCCAAAUUAUUCCACUCCAAAUUCGACCACAUCUACCCAUCAACAGCAACCACUGCUCCAGGAUCAACCUCCCUCUGCUUUAAGUCAAAUGGUUAUUGGACACUGGCAAAAUGUCGAUGUACCAUCGAUUAUUCAACGACAACAUUCAAAUACUAGUCAACAGUCAACGAAUCAGUCACAACAACAACAAAAUACACCGAACAAUAUCCAUCAACACCAACAACAUCUAAACAGAUAUAUGUCUCAUCCUCCUCCUAUGUCAACCGUCGAUGAACAUCAGAUUGCCCAGGCGUUCGCUGCUGUUCAUUUUGCACAGCACCAUCACCAACAAACACCAGUACAACCUCAACACCAAGCGCUACCACUUCAUCCCAACGCGCAUCACCAAUACUCAUUUAUCCAGCCACAAGCAAAUAAUUUUCAUCAGCCUUCUUAUCAUCAACCAAUUGGUCCACCACAUCAUCACCCUGUUUACCAUCAUCAGCCUGCUCCACCCGGUUAUCCUCCAAAUGCUCCAACACAGCAUCAACGCUUACUUCAACCACCGACUCCCGCUCAACAACAACAACAACAACAACAGCAGCCGAAUAGUUAUCGUUUAUCACCCAUUCAGCUACCACCUGUACAGUCACAACAGUCUCAAAAUUCGUUAAACUCAAAUAUAGCGGCCAUAGCUGAACAACACUUAUUACGACAACAACAAGCAGCAGCGUUCACUGCUGCACUUAAUCAACAACAAAAUACAAAUAUGCAAAAUACAACGUUUAAUAUGCAAAGAAGAACUAACGAUCAACGUGCUCAAACACAAUAUAUUCCAUCGAAUAAUUCUCUAUCGUCUUCAUACGUGUUACCGCAACAACCAUCUCGAAUUCCACUUCCACAACAGAAUACUAAUGUUACCGGUGAUAAUACAACAUUAUUAACACAUACAAAUCAACAAUAUGAAAUUCCGAUGGCAUCAUUGCCCCAUCAGCGUUCAAGUAUUGGACACGUGAAUUCUUCUCCUUCUACAUCAUCGUCAUUCGUACAAUCAAUUACCACACCAUCACAACCUCAGUUAUUGAGAGCUCAAGCUCAUCCAUACGAACAACAACAAUCUUAA